AUGUUUAAAUUACUUUUUUUAACAAUAUCAUCAGAAUUAGUCCUGGGAAAUAUUUUUUUAAAUCAUGUUAACCACAUGGAAUAUUAUCGAAACAAAACACGACCAACCAAGGCGUUUAAUAGUUUUUCCACGAGUUAUUUUAACCAGAAUUUCUUACAAAAACCUGUGAGGGAAAAAGUGCAGUGUGGUACCAGAACUGUGGACUUCACUCUAAGGAGAGGAAAAAUUGUGGGGGGCUCCGAAGCCCCCUAUGGCGCAUUUCCAUGGCAGGUGGAGAUUCAGAUGUUGGAUCCGAAUAAGUUGGCGUUUGAGCACCACUGUGGGGGCGCUGUAAUCGCAGAGCGUUUAGUGUUAUCAGCCGCCCAUUGUUUUGAUAAGCAACCGCUAGAACUGGAGCAUCUGCGCCUGGUGGUUGGUGAACACCGACUCAAGAUUCAGGACAGGCACGAGAACAGAUUCCUAGCGGAAAAGGUGGUUCCACAUCCCGACUUUAGAAAGGACGGUCCUCACUCGAACGACAUUGCCCUGGUCCUAGUGGCACGUUCAGGGUCUGGAGUUCAGUUCAACUCACACGUUAGACCCAUUUGUCUCCCGGAUACAUUGGAUACGGCUGGCCGGUGGUGCGCUGUCAGUGGAUGGGGGUACCAGGAAGAGGGAACAGAGCAAAAAUUUGCUCCUAUACUAAGAGCUGCUGCUGUACCAAUCCUCGACUUGGCCACUUGCAGAAAGGAACAGGUUCUAGGAGGACGGCAGCAGACCAUAUUAGACUCUAUGCUAUGUGCUGGGGUCCUAUCAGGCGGAGUAGACGCUUGUCGUGGGGAUUCUGGAGGUCCACUCGCCUGUAUGUCUGGGGACAGAUGGCAGAUUCACGGGGUCGUGUCUUGGGGUUCUGGUUGUGCCCGUAGGGCCCGACCAGGGGUUUAUACGCGAGUUGCGUCAUAUGUCAGCUGGAUUAGACGUACUGCUAUGAGCUUAGGACAUAAGUUAUAA